AUGUCUCCCACUACUGGUCACGGAUUAAGACUAGUAUUGGUAAUGCCAGAGCAGUACAGCACAGUACCGGUAGAGCAGUACAGCACAGUACCGGUAGAGCAGUACAGCACAGUACCGGUAGAGCAGUACAGCACAGUACCGGUAGAGCAGUACAGCACAGUACCGGUAGAGCAGUACAGCACAGUACCGGUAGAGCAGUACAGCACAGUACCGGUAGAGCAGUACAGCACAGUACCGGUAGAGCAGUACAGCACAGUACCGGUAGAGCAGUACAGCACAGUACCGGUAGAGCAGUACAGCACAGUACCGGUAGAGCAGUACAGCACAAUACCAGUAGAGCAGUACAGCACAAUACCGGUAGAGCAGUACAGUACAACACAGUACUGGUAG